ACAGUCUCUAAGCCAACAGUGAUCCAACAACCCAGUGGGUCUGAUGUAUACAGAGGAGAGAAAGUCACUCUGAGAUGUGAGAUCUAUGGAGGUGGAGGAGCUCAGUGGACGUAUGAAUGGAGAACAACCAGGAGAAACUCUCCAACAUCCAGUGAAUACAGGAUCAACAGAGUCUCUUGGUUUGACAGUGGAGAAUACAGCUGUAGGGCUGAAGGAGAUCAUCAGAUAACAGAAUGGAGUGAUGCUUUAACACUGACAGUGAGAUAUAAACCUCAGCCUGUCCUCUCUGUGUCUCCAUCAUGGCUGAGUCCUGGAGCCUCAGUGACUCUGAGCUGUGGGGGGUUGGAGCAUCCAUCUGCAGGAUGGAGGUUCUUCUGGUAUAAAGUGGUUCCAGCAAAAUCCAGCAGCUCCUACAGCUUAGAGCUGCUGACUGGCAGAACCAACUGGACUGAACAGAACUCCUACCUCAUUAAUGGACAGAAUCACACAGCAGGAUAUGUGUGCAGAGCAGGAAGAGGAGAACCAGUGUUUUACACUAAAUACAGUGAAGCAAAGUUUGUCUGGUCUGCAGACGCUCAUCCAGCUGCUUCUCUCUCAGUGACUCCAGACAGAGUUCAACAUUUUAUCAAUCAGUCUGUCACUCUGAGCUGUAGAGGGAACAACACUGAGUGGAGACUGAGGAGGUUUACAGAAACAGGUGGACUAUCAGACACUCACUGCUCCAACUGGGGGACAAUGACUGGAUCCUCAUGUUCUAUAAACACAGGCUGGUCUCACAGUGGAGUGUACUGGUGUGAGUCUGGAUCAGGAGAUUUUAGCAACGCAGUCAACAUCACUGUACAGGAUAGAAAUAACAGUAUUAUCAUUGGACCAAUUAUUGGAAUCCUUGUCAUUAUUCUCAUUAUCCUGCCACUGCUGUUGUGGUGCUGCAUACGGUCAAAGGAUUUCUGCUGCAUCAGGUCAGAAAGCAGCAGUCAGAGCCCCACCACCAAUCAUGGAGUCAACCAGACAGACAGUCAAGUUUACAGCUCUCUGCUUCAUGGUGAUACUUCUGAGUAUGAGUCAAUCCAACGAGCCACAAACAAAGGGAUUCCUGAUGACCUAGACGAGGAUCCUGUUUAUACUAAUAUGAAAGCAGAAACCACAGGAGGAAGCUGAAGUACCCAGAGAGAACCCACAUCCACAGGGAGAACAUGAAAAAUCCAUGCAGAAAGUCCAUGGGCUGAGAAUUUAACCCGGAACCUUCUUGUGGCAAGAAAGCAGUGCUACCCACUGCUCCACUGAGCAGCCCAUUUUGUAGAUAUGAUUAUGUAUUUUUUUUUUUAAAUAAUGCAAUAAAGCAAAUCUGAUGUUUUAGAAAUUCUAAUUUUUGGACAUUAAGAACCUUUAAUUGGUUUUAAAAUAUGUGCAGUUAUGCUUCAAUGUUUCCAUACCCUUCCAUUAAAGAAAGAAAAAA